AUGUGGUCCGACUUACAAAGAAAAGAGGAGAAAGGUUACUACGACAACUUGAUGAGAGAAUUAGCAACUGAAACUCCAGGACUAUACCGGAACUUUACCAGGAUUAAAGAGGAGCUUUUCAAUAAAAUUGCUGAAAGUGUCAAGAAAAAACUCACAUUCUGGAGAAGACCCAUUGAGCCAGACCUGCAUGUAGCAAUUACCCUGUGUUACCUUGCAACCGGAGAAUCCUACAAGAGCCUGGCCUUCCAAUUCCGAGUAGUUGCCGACACAGUCUGCGGUAUUGUACCUGAAACUUGUAUGGCCAUAGUGGCUGCAUAUGGCGAUGAGGUGGAGCAGUCAUCCAUGACCCCAGAGCAAUGGAAGGAAGUAGUUCAUAGUUUUGAAGAAUACUGGAAUUUCCCACACACCCUUGGAGCAAUAGACAAGAAACUCAUCAGAACCCAAAUCUCAGUGAAAGGAGGAACUCAAUACUACAACCAUAAGAGAUUUUACUCAUGUACAUCGAUGUAG